CAGAGUGUGUGAGGUUCAGUUUGUGUGUCAGAGUGUGUGAGGUUCAGUUUGUGUGUCAGAGUGUGAGGUUCAGUUUGUGUGUCAGAGUGUGAGGUUCAGUUUGUGUGUCAGAGUGUGAGGUUCAGUUUGUGUGUCAGAGUGUGUGAGGUUCAGUUUGUGUGUCAGAGUGUGAGGUUCAGUUUGUGUGUCAGAGUGUGUGUUUCUAUUUCAGUGUCACAUGAACAGACUGAGACAGUGUGGUCAGGGGGGGGUGUUGUUUCAUUUCCGUCUCCUCCAGUCAGACUGUCACCGUCCGUCUUCACUCAGACAGUGACUGACAGCUGAGGGGGCGGAGCCAGCAGAGACGACAGCAGCCAUGUUGGUUCUUCUCUGGUUACUGAUCCUGAUGAUGACGAUGAUGAUGAAGAGUGACGCGGCCUCUGCAGAGAUCGUCACAGCACGCAGCGGCGGCGCCGUCCUACUGACGCCACCCCUGCAGACGCCGAGGAACAGACAGGACGUCAGGUGGACCCACCCCCGCCUGGUGAUGUCACUGAAGAAGAACGUGACCACGUGUCAUCACGGGCGCUGCGAGCUGCUGAGCGACGGCUCGCUGAGCUUCAGCCGCGUUCAGAGCGACGACUCAGGGAGCUACAGCCUGGAGGUGUUUGACCAGGACGGGACGCGACUGCUGAAGAAGGACUUCCUGCUCACUGUGGAGGACCCUAGCAGCAGCAGCAGCAGCAGCAGCAGCAGUGUGGUGGUGUCUGUGUUGGUCUGCUGCUUCCUCCUGUUGCUGCUGCUCUUCAUCAUCUUCUUCAUCCUCAGGAGGAGGAGGAGGAGCCAGGGGACAAACCCCACAGGUCCGUUGGAGGAAAAUGUUUAUGUGACAAUGCAUGGUCACCAUGGCAACAAGGGGAAAGCUAUAGAGGAGAAGCAGGAGUCUCAUUAUGUUCCAUGUCAUCCUGUUGUUUCCAUGGAAACACCAAUCACAGAGCAGAUGUCUGAGGAUGUAGAAGAUGUCUACGUGUGAUGACCAGUCAGAGAUCAGCUUGUUUUCACCUCAGCUCACCGUUAGUUCAUCGUCCACUGUCGUCCGGUGUUUAUUUUUCAACUAUGAUUAUUAUUAUUGAUAAAUAAAUAUAAAGUGAACGUAUGUAGGGAGCUUUUAUAUGAUUCUGUUAUUUUAUGUUUGUACUUUUAUUUAAACUGUUUUUUUUUUUAAUCUGGGAGUUGCUUCCACUCCACACUGUCAUAACAACUGAUACAAAGUGCAGGGUCUGGACAUAAUGUGUGUAUGAACUGAGUAUAAUGUACAUGUCCACCACUGUGAUUUAAUAAAUUCAACAUUAUCAUCACAUUAUUUUCAACACUUUGUUCUUCUGGAUCAUUUGAAGUGUUACUGUCUCAGUCACUGAGAGUGUGUUAAUGUCCCACACAAAAUUAAUUUGUAGUACCAUACACAUGCCACAAGAUGGCAGUAUUUAGAUUUGAAAUACCAAAUGAGAGCUGUGCAAGUCACUGAAUUUAUAACAACUUGUUCCAGCAAAUGUUUCACAAUAAAAGCCUUGUUAGGAACUCAAGAAUUUUUGUCCCUGAGAUGCCUCAGGGCUUUUACUUUGAAAUGAUACAGGAAGUCUUCAUCUCAACAGCCCGAUGCAAAGAAAGGUAGAGACAUGCUUCGACCAAGAAGUUAAUAAUAAAAGAUCAGAUGCGGCCCUGGGUCCACCUCUGAACUAUCAAAUCCACUGCAGUAAGAACAAAGCCUGGUCCCUGGCUAGACACUCUGGGGUCCCCUCCCACUGGUUUACCUUCAGACAGCUAAUAAAUAAAUGCACCAACUCACUGAGAAAAGAUAAAUCUAAUUAUUACUUAACUUCUAACAAAACCGUUCCAAGGCAAAGAGGCAGAUCAGAAAGAGUGAAACCAAAUUCACUUCUCAAACGGUGUGAAUUAAAAAAUAAAGGCCUGUUGCAGCUGAGGUACAGAUACUCCUGGAGAAACACAGGUACUGGUUUAUAUUCAUGGGAGGACACUUUUAUUUUUUUGAAAGAAGUUACAACAGGUUUUAUUUUGUUACAACACCACAAAUUUAAAAAAGAUAUAUAUAGAUAUAUGAUAUGUUUAAAUCACAGCGAUUAUGAUGGAAAAGUUCUUAGAAAAGCAGUCACAAUCAGACAUGUUUGCAGCUUUUAACUUUAUAUCUCUCGAGUUGAAAAUUUAAAUUUACGAUCAUUAUUAAGUGGAAUAUGAAAGUUCUCCUCAAAUAACACGUCAUGGUAAAAUUUACUGAGCUCAUUUUUUUUUUUUUUUUUUUUUUU